AUGUACAGCAAGAAGUCCUGGGGCGGCAAGGUCGAGCCCUUCAUUCUGGUCAAGUUCCUGAAGAACGACAAGAACAAGGAGAUUGAAGACCCUACGGUCGGCGUGGUCAUUUGGGAGUGGAAAGACUCAUUGCUGCUCGGGAAGCCGUCCGAUCAGCCCGUGGACCAGCGCCAGUACAUCUGCAAUGACGAUACCAUCAGCGGGAACUUCUGCAACGCUACCCACAAGGGCGAAUGGAUCCUCGCCGACAAUGCCGACGCCGUGUCCAAGAACUACAUCCGCACCGCCGCCAUCCACCUCAAAGAGCCGCAGCCCAUCAACUACCCUGUCGCAGCUAGCAAUCAGCAGAAGAUUGCACUCAAGACGGGAUACUACUGCGUGGCAACGGCAGCAUACACAAAGGAUGUCGAGUACGAGGCUAUCGUGACAUUCAGGAACGCGUACGGAGAGCUCCCGGCAGCUCAGAUCCCGAAGCUGCCAUUCUAUGGCGGAAUUACUAUCGCAUACUUUGUCGUGGCUAUUUUCUGGGGCUUCCUAUACUUCCAGCACCGACACGACAUCCUCGCAGUCCAGAACUACAUCACGGCUAUUCUCAUCUUCCUGGUCCUCGAAAUGUUGAUGACCUGGGGCUUCUACGACUACCAGAAUCGCCAUGGAAACAAUGUCGGCGCUAAAGCGCUCAUGAUCGUGGUCGCGGUGCUCAACGCCUUCCGGAAUUCGUUCUCGUUCUUCCUGUUGUUGAUUGUGUGUAUGGGGUACGGUGUGGUCAAGCCUACGCUGGGCAAGACCAUGACCAUCGUUCGAUGGCUCGCCGUCGCCCACUUCGUCUUCGGAGUUAUCUACGCCGUCGCCUCACUGACAAUCCGACCGGACGAUGCAGGUCCUCUCGUGCUCCUCGUCAUCCUUCCUCUUUCCGCUACUCUCACUGCCUUCUAUAUCUGGACCCUCAAUUCCCUCAACCUCACGAUGAAGGAUCUCAUGGAACGCAAGCAACACGUUAAAGCCUCCAUGUAUAAGAGGCUCUGGUGGUGCAUCUUGACGAGCAUCAUCGUUAUUUUUGGAUUCUUCUUCAUCAACAGCUUCACCUUCGCCGGAGCCUCAAGUCCCGAAUUCGCGCCGACGCAUUGGCAGACGAGGUGGUUUGUCUUGGAUGGUUGGUUGAACUUGGUGUACCUUGCCGAUGUUUGCUUCGUCGCAUACAUGUGGAGGCCGACGGCCAACAACAGGAGAUUCGCCAUGAGCGACGAGAUUGCCCAAGAUGACGAGGGGUUCGAAAUUGCUUCUCUGCGAGACUCACUCGAUGAAGAAGAAGGCCCUUCAGACCACCCGCCUUCCUAUGACCCAGCGCCGAAGCAUCGGAGCACUGGCACAAGCGCGGCGAACCGCGAUAUUUCACCUCUACCGGCGCCUAAGCCGCAGAAACCCGUCAUUCCGCCUAGGGAGAGCCUGGACGGUGACACGAUCUUUGCAGUAGGCGAAGACGACAAGUGGAGCGAUGACGAGUUGGAGCCUGCGAGCCCUGGGGAUGGGGACGAAAGGCAGAGAUUGACGAGCAGCCGGAAGAAUGAUUAA